GCCCGCGUGCAGUCGCUGCGAUAUGCCGUCCGCGCGAGGACGCGACUACGUCGCUGCUGGAUAUCGUCGGCUCACUCGGCAGACUAUCGCGGGGAAGGACAGGCUACUGCACCCUUGAUGCGUCAGCAGCAGCGGCGGCGGCGGCGGCAGCCCACCACCAGCAGCUGCCGGUGCUAAUCGCCGGCGAGGCGCUCGAGGAGUAGUUGCGCGACCGGUGGAUGGUGAGGAGCUUCGCUAUCUUGGAGGAUGGUGAGCCAAGGUACUGAGGGCCAAGACAGGCCGAAGAGGACAAGGCGAAUAUUCCUGCAGCACAUAUCUUUGAAAUGUCAGUCGGAGUCGAGGUGGUAGGGGCGCCGAGCCUGCAACAUCGCGGAGCUCGGGUAUGGACACGAGAGCACCACCGAUCGCCUCGAGAACGCAAGAAAGGUGCCAACAACACCAGCAGCAGCAGCAGCAGCAACAGCAACAGCAGAAGAAGGAAGAGGUGACGCUGCCGCCGCUAACGUCCUAUCCGGUUCAGCAACGACACAAGACCAAGUUCGCGCCGACACCGUCCAACUGGAGAAACUCAGCUGGCCAAAAUCCGGGACUUCUCAGACAGCAAGAGGUUCAGAGACGACGGCCCUAUAAGGUGCUGGGAAUCGGAGCGACGCCGUUGAUGCACGCCUGCCAGCAGGCGGACCGAAGUCGCGUGCUGAAGCUGCUGCGCGAGCAGGAGGAGACGAUCGGUUACCGGGACCGGGCGCUCCGUAGCGCCCUCCACUACUGCAUGGACGCGGCAACGGGCGGCGCGGUGGCCCAGGCGGCUCCCGAGCUGGUCGAUGCCCCUGACGCCGAGGGCCACACGGCUCUGCAUCUGGCCGUCAUCGCCGGGGAUCAUCAGCUCGUCGCUGUACUCCUGGCCAACGGCGCCGACGUUAACGCCAAGGAUCUCGAGGGACACAGCGUGCUGCACUGGGCUACCGUUUGCGGCGAAGUCGAGUGCGUGCGCCUGGUAUUGGCAGCCGGUGCACGACCCUCAACAGCGGAUCUUCGAGGCGGCUCACCCCUACACUACGCGGCUCAAUGUUGCGGCGCCGCAGCCACAGCCGCGGCCGAACUAGCCAUUCCCAAGAAGGUCGGACUGAAGGUACUACAAACGCUACUGGAAUUCGGCGCGGACGUAAACGCCAGGGACGAAGACGGACGGCAGCCGAUACUCUGGGCGGCCAGCGCCGGAAGCGUCGAGGCGGUCCUCGCUCUCGUCAGAGCUGGAGGCUCAGCUGUAGCGGGAGCCUCCGACACGGACGGACUGACAGCCCUGCACUGCGCGGCCUCACGAGGGCACGCGAGGUGUAUCGAAGCCCUGGUCAACCUCUGCGACGCUCAACCCGAUCACGUAGACGACAACGGCUGUUCGGCACUGCAUUACGCAGCAACGCUCGGACACGCGGACGCCACUUCGCUGCUGCUCAAGCUUGGCGCCGAUCCCAAUCGGCAGGAUCGAAAGGGAAGGACGCCAGGUCUAUGCGCAGCAGCAAAAGGCCAGCUGGAGACGCUUAAAAUCCUGGCCCAGCACGGUGGCUCGUUACACGCUCGUACCGUCCGAGGAACUGGGGUAGCUCACGAAGCCGUUGCCUCAGGCCGACUCGAGCUUGUCAAGUGGCUGGCCAAACGCCGACCUAGUCUACUGGACGUCGCGACGCAAGAUGGCAAGACUCCAUUGCACGUCGCGGCGCUACACGGACACCUCGACGCCUGCAAGCUGCUGCUGGACAGCGGCGCGCGAAUAAACGCCCUGCUAAGGACAAAUAAAGGGGCGCUCAUGACGGCUCUCGACGCCGCGCUGUACAGGGGGCACAGGGAUUGCGCCAAGUUGAUUCAGCUGCACGGGGGGACCACCGCUCAGCACAUCAGGUCGCAAAAAAAUGGGCCGAGCAAAGUGUUUUCGACGAAACUGCGGAUGAAGCACACGGAAACGAGCUCAGACUCAGAGCUGAACGACAUAAGUCCUCGGCGCCGUCAACAGCACCGCCACCAUCGCGACCCCGACCUCUAUUACGAGGAGCGCUGGAUCGAGCGUCGGACUCGUCGUCGAGCCAAUCGACGUCGGCUUUCGCGACAGGACAGCCGCAGUUUUAGCGAGGAGGAGCUGCGACACUCCAAGUCCUCUUCGAGAGGCCCGAAGGGAACCGACAGACACAGACGAGCUUUGAGCGAAAACGCGAGAUACGACGAGACGAAUAACAAGGCGAGCGACGUUGAGGCUGAGGAGGAAGAGGAGGACGAUGGAAGAGGCAGCAGAAGAAGACGAAGGAGCGAGAAGCAGUCGUCAAAGCGGAGAAAAGAGGCUGCUGCAUCUGCGGGCGAGAAUCGUCGCGAGUCCGAGGAGAGCGAAGAGCAGCGGUCAAGGUCAGCCGACGAGGAGACUUCGAGUGUCAGUGACGACAGCCUCGAGGUUGUCGUAGUGCGUCGCUCCCUCGAGAAGAAGUCCAAGAAGAUUGUGUCCGGCCGCAGCUCGAAGUCGGUAAGCAAGAAGCUAACGAAGAAGGAGCAGCUCAAGGAGGAGAAGAGCAGCACGAAGAAGGCGAUGGAGAAGAAGCAGGCGAGCUUCGACGGGGACAGCACGAGCCAGGACACGGUCGAACAGGUCACCGUUCAGGCGGAUGUGCACAAGAACGAAGCGCCGAGCGAGAAGCCCGCCGAGCUCAAGGAAGAUGAGCAGCAGAUCAAGAGCAAGAUGGACGAUAUACUGGAAAAGGCCGACGAGCUGCAGAACGCGCUGCUGAGCAAAGCGGCGGACCUGCGCAAGGACAUGGAGGAGAUGCGACAGCAGAUGUCGCAAAAGUCUGAAGAGAAGAAAGAGGACGAAGUUACCAAAGAGGAAGACAUGGAGAAGAAGUCCUCGGAGGAUGACAAGCCUGCUGCCGAUAGCUCCAAAUCCGAAAUGGACGGUAAGUCGAUGGAGUCCACGUCGAACGAAGCCUCGAGCGCGAAGGAUACUCCCAGGGACGAGGCCGAUCAGCAGCAAAGUACCGCCGAGGUUGCGAAAGAAGAGAAGUGUUCAGAGGAGCUUGCGGGGAGUAAGGUGGAGGAAGACAAGGUGCAGGAGAAGGCUGACGAAGCCGCCAACGAAGCAGUGAAAGACACUGCAAACAAGGAGCUCACGUCGCAGGAGGCAUCCGCAGAAAAGCGAGAGUCCAUAGCUAAGGACGCCGAACAGGCAGUGAGCAGAAGCAAAGAGCAGGAGCAAAGAGACGACGAUGCUAAGAGUGCAGCAGCGUCGCCUAGAAAGGACAACGUUGCAGAGACGAGAGAGGCAGAGGAACAAACGCAAAUUCCAGGUACAGAGAGCUUCCGCUAUGCGGACGAAAAUUCCUCGGGUUCGCCGCCGUCGGGCCAGCCGCAGGCGGCUCGUCGCGGUUCGCGACCUUCGACUGGCAAGAGAAGCAAAAGCAAGACUGCCCUGCUCGAAAGCUCGGAGGAACGUUCGCCGGAUCGCAGCGCUAUUGUCGCCGUCAUCGAGAGUCCCGAGUGGGACGAGGAGGACGACGAAGAGCUUGAUAAGGAGAUCAGGCAGGUAGUAGGCGACACCGAAGAGCACGAAGAUGAAGACGACGAGGAGGACGGAAGCGACGGCAUCGGUGGCGCCGACGACGAGACGGGCAUCGUCAGAGUCCUGCCGAGCACCAGCGAGGAGGAGAUGGCUGCCAGGGCCUCCGCCGUCGACUCGCUUCCACAGCUGCAGACAAAGUCGCACGUGCGAAUGGGCCAACUGCCGAGUCCUCGGCACCACCUGCGCCAGCGGCGCGACAGUGGUGGUCGCGACAGCGGAAUCGAGCCGAGUCCCCGAGUCUCGCGGAUACCUCGGCGAACGAUCAAGUGCUGCCCGAACAGCGAGCGCCAGCAGGCUCUGCACAUGGACACGAUAACGCGCGACGUGCAGAUCAGUCUCAGGCGCUACCACCUCGAGCGCAAGAUUUUCUUCCAGCUGAUGGAGCUCAAGAGGCUGCAGAUACGACACGGACGCGCCAACGAGAACGUCCUCGUCAAGCGACAGGUAAAAAAGGUGGAGUCGUUUCACAAGGCCGGUAUGAGUGGACCAGCGCUCGGUGUGGCGAGAUACGAUCAGCCGUAUACCUUUAGACACUUCGAGACAUUUCUGUACGAGCAGCUGCGAAGGCUGCAGAGGCGGCCGACGACACCAGACUGGUGCACCGAGGCAAAGCAGUGUACCCAAAAGACCCACCGCUGUCACCACGCAACAAGUGCCUACACCUCCGUACCGAUAUACACGUACCACUAUAAUUGCAGUAGGUGGAGGCGGCCAAGAACGACCGAGUCUUCUUCCGAGGAUCGAGGGACGUGGCAAGGGACAGAUGACGGUGGAAGUGACGCACGGCGAGGAGAAACAAGUGAUCGCUCUUCCCUCGGAGAAGCUUGACCGCACGAAGCGUUACUACGUCACCUUCACCGUGCGCGGCGACACGACCGACAGUGACAAGCCUAAGACGUCGUCCAGCUCGGCGACGCAGCGCAACGCCAAGAGCGUCUGAUCCUGAAUCCAUAAAGACGAUAUUAAGCGUUUGUUCUCCUAAAUCGACACUUCCGGGUCGUUCGAUAAACUGCCAACCAAUAGCUCUUCGAUUUUCCGAGGACUGAGAGUGUUCCGGGCGUAAGCUAAUGCAUUUCCGAGUAUAAUCUCACUAUUUUGCCGAUCGAAUUGUCUUUCUCCCGCGCUAUACUGCGCUGUGCGCCAUGACGAGAUGGUGCAUUCACACAUGCAGUUCAGUGUUCUAUACAUAUAGAGAUGAAGAUUUAGCGAAAGUUCAUUAUCACAAGUAAACAAAAAUACACAAAAGUAUAUUUUAGCCGCGCGCAGACCGAGAGGAAGUAAGCUUUCCCAAAGCUGCGACGCGGCGUUCGAUGCUGUCCAUGAUAUUAUUAAAAUAUAUUUGUCGUCGACCGAGGUCGAUACACGAUUCCGUCCUCCGUUGCUUUUUAUAUGUAAUAUUAUAUAUAAAUACGUAUAUGUAUAUGAAGAGAACAAGCAAUAAAACUUGUAUGCUAUGAUAUUA